AUGACGAGCAAGAACAUAAAGUCGUUACCGCAUGAGAAGCGUAAGGGCGAAGCUGCUCUUAGCGACUUUGCCGAGUACGUUGAGAAGCAGCAGGCAUUACGAUACCCAAGCGCCAAAUCAACCGACACUUCCAAGGUCACUGAAGUCCCUGAACAUCAGCAUGCCGAACUUGAUGAGCUCUUUGACAACCUCGACCUAGCCGAGCCUACUCCUAGCGCCCGGCUGAAAGACCUCCUUCUGAGCACCGAUGACGACACACUUCAGAAGUUGGAGGGAGUGCUCCAGGAAAGGAUGGCUGAGGGCCACGGGGAGGCCGUGUUCGAGCUUGGUUUCGAGAACAACGGCGAGUCGAUGGCAUUGUCAAUAGAGCAAUGGAACGCUGCAUACACCAGAUUAAAGGAGGCGGCCAAGAGGAUACGAGCCGACUGCCAGACGCUCAUCACCAAGAACGUCGGUGGCGAUGUCGAGGCCCCGAGUGCUCAGUCUGGCAAAGACAGCCAUUGCAGCGGCAAGAUCAUGAUUCGCCAGACGCCAGCAACAGUAGAGGAUGUUAUUGAGACCCGAAUAGCCGUGGUUGGCAACGUCGACGCUGGCAAGAGUUCUCUUCUGGGAGUCCUGGUCAAGGGUGACCUCGACGAUGGCAGAGGACGCGCACGAGUGAACCUCUUCCGCCAUAAGCACGAGAUUGAGACGGGCAGAACCAGCUCCGUCGGCAUGGAGAUCCUAGGCUUCGACACUGUUGGAGAGGUUGUUGUCUCUGAUACUCCUGGGAGAAAACUGUCGUGGGAAGAGAUUGGAAAACGCAGCGCCAAGGUCAUUACCUUCACUGACUUGGCAGGUCACGAAAAGUACCUGCGAACGACCGUGUUUGGUCUGUUGUCGAGCAGCCCCAACUACUGCUUGCUGAUGGUUGCGGCCAACAACGGCCUGAUUGGCAUGAGCAAAGAGCACUUGGGCAUUGCUCUGGCACUCAACGUCCCGGUGAUGGUCGUCAUUACCAAGAUUGACAUUUGCCCACCUCAGAUUCUCGAGCAGACCAUCAGCCAGAUUACCAAGAUUCUGAAGAGCCCAGGAGCGCGAAAGAUUCCCAUCUUCAUCAAGGACCGGGAGGAGUGCAUAAACACGGCCACCCAGUUCAUCAGCCAGAGGAUAUGCCCCGUCUUCCAGGUUUCCAAUGUCACGGGUGAGAACCUCGACUUGGUCCGAACAUUCCUCAACAUCUUGCCGCAUCACGGACGCUACGAUUCCGAGGCGCCCUUUGAAUUCCAUAUCAACGACACAUUUUCGGUUCCAUUCGUCGGCACAGUUGUCUCCGGAAUCAUCAAGGCCGGUGUGAUCCACGCCGGUGACAACGUGCUCAUCGGUCCCGACUCCUUGGGGCAGUUCACGUCCACCAGUAUUCGUUCCAUCGAACGCAAGCGAUUGGGGGUUCCGGCUGCUUCUGCGGGGCAGUCGGCGUCCUUCGCCUUGAAGAAAGUCCGGCGUAAGGAUGUCAGGAAAGGCAUGGUUGUUUUGCCCAAGCUCGAGGGACAGCAAGCUCCCAAGGUUCACAGAGAAUUCAUAGCAGAAGUCUUGAUUCUCUCUCACGCGACCACCAUCAAGACAAAGUAUCAGGCCAUGCUUCAUGUUGGACCAGUCUCGCAGACGUGCGCGAUAAUUGAUGUUGACCGCCCGUACAUUCGAACUGGCGACAGAGCAACGGUGGCGUUCCGGUUCGUCCAGCGACCCGAGUAUCUCGCCCCUGGUGAUCGGUUAUUGUUCCGAGAGGGCAGGACCAAAGGCUUGGGGAUAGUCAAGUCUGUUGGCUACGACCCCAGCAAGCCGCUAUAUCCGCACGGCGACUCUGCUGCGGGCGAAGAUGGCGCAGCGAAAGCCAAAGAUGAGGAGAACGGCGAGAAGACCGCUAACAGCCAGGAAGUCAAGGUCGGCGCGUAA